UGAAAACGCCACAAAUAAACGCACGUGUUUUCCGUGUUUUCAUAACAGUUUGAAAUAAAUAAUAACAAAUCACUCCAAAUUGACACUAUUUUCACUACUUGUUGAUCGUUCAGUCUUUUUAUCAUCAUUUUAACUAAAUUCAGCUGUGACAUGAUAAAUAUCACUAAAAUCAUAGAAGAUCAUCACAACGAGGCUCUUGAUCUUCCCUUGGUUCCCAAAACGUACGUUAAGUUGAGUAAUUGCAAUAAGGUUGAUGUCGAUCUCGAUGUUCAUCUACAGUAUACCUGCCAGCAACCAUUCGAGUCAACCAAGGUGUCUCGGUAUGAAAUCUCUGAGCACAAAACUAUCGCUGAAGGAGAAGAUACAAAAACAGUUUAUGAUAUAACCCUUAGUACUGAAUCUUAUUUUGACUAUCAGUAUACACCUGGGGACACGAUAGGUAUUCUCACCAAAAACUUCGACGAGGAUGUUGAUUACGUUAUCGAGAAUUUAUCAUGCGAAGUAAAUUAUGAAGACUUUUAUAAAGUUGAAAUAGAUCAUACCACAACAAAAAGGAACGCUAAACUUCCUCCAUACAUUCCACACAUAGUGUCAAUUCGCAAAUUGUUAAGUGAGUGUCUCGAUUUGAGAGCUAUUCCAAAAAAGCUUUUCAUCCGAGCUCUUGUUGAAUGCACCAGCGAUGAGACGGAGAAGCGGUUUCUUUCCAUUUUGUGUAACAAAAUGGGUUCCACAUAUGAUGAUGUUGUGCUGAAAGCAGGAAUUAGUUUCGUAAUGCUACUGAAGCAGCUUCCUUCGUGUAAACCAUCCUUGGAAAUGUUAAUUGAACAUCUGCCUAGAUUGAUGCCUCGACCGUAUUCGAUUGUCCAUUGUCACAGCGAUUCAAAACAAAAUCGAAGCAUAAGAAUAAUUUUUUCACUCGAUGAAAACAAUCCUGGAUGUACUACGUCGUAUCUGAAAAGCUGUUGUGGUACAAAUGAAUCAGUAUAUCUAUACUUCAGAAAAUCGUCCUGCUUCACUUUUUCGGAUGACGAUGCAGAAAAAGACAUUAUAUUGAUCGGUGUUGGAACGGGUAUAGCUCCAUACCUAAGCUUUUUGGAGAAACGAAAAGAGGCAAUUAAUCACUCGAGAAAUCGCGAUUCGAAAGCGUGGCUCGUCGUUGGAUUUCGAUAUGAACGAACAAGUUACCUUUGUCGAGAAGAAAUCGAACAAUAUUUGAAGUCAACCGUACUAACAAACCUAUCGGUUGCUUUUUCUCGCGAUCAUAUGUCCAAACACCGAUAUGUUCAGGAUCAACUUGAGGCAAACAAAGAGCAAUUGGCAAAAAUUCUAGUCAACCCACUCAGCAAAUUGUAUAUAUGUGGUGAUGGAAAGAAAAUGAUUCCUCAAAUCAAAAAUAAAAUAAUCGAUAUUUUAAGCGACGUACUAUCAAUAAGUGAAGAACAAUCAAAAACAAUUGUAGCUGAGCUAAAAGCAAAUCUUAGGUAUAUAGAGGAUAUAUGGCUUUGAUAAAAAAUAAA